AUGUCGACCAUCACCCAGAGCGCUCUUCAGAGCUCCUACCCGCCGAUUCUCCCCAGGGAGUUCAACGCGAACCAGCCGCAGACCAUUCGCCUGUACCCGCUGAGCAACUACACCUUCGGCACCAAGGAGAACCAGCCCGAGGAGGACCCAUCCGUGCUCGCCCGCCUGAAGCGCCUCGAGGAGCACUACAACGAACAUGGCAUGCGCCGCACCUGCGAGGGCAUCCUCGUCUGCCACGAACACAACCACCCCCACAUCCUGAUGCUGCAGAUCGCCAAUGCCUUCUUCAAGCUGCCCGGCGACUACCUGCGCCCCGAGGAUGACGAGAUCGAGGGUUUCAAGGCCCGCCUGAACGAGCGCCUCGCCCCCGUCGGCUCGCAGUUCACCGGCGAGGGCGUCAACGACGAGUGGCAGAUUGGCGACACCCUGGCCCAGUGGUGGCGCCCCAACUUCGAGACCUUCAUGUACCCCUUCAUCCCCGCCCACGUCACCCGCCCCAAGGAGUGCAAGAAGCUGUACUUUAUCCAGCUGCCCCGAAGCAAGGUCCUCUCCGUCCCGAAGAACAUGAAGCUCCUCGCCGUCCCGCUGUUCGAACUUUACGACAACACCGCCCGCUAUGGCCCCCAGCUGUCCGCUAUUCCGCACCUCCUCUCCCGCUACAAUUUCGAGUUCGUCGAUGAGAAGGGCGAGGUAGUGGCCGUGACGCCCGGCGGCGGUCCCGCAUCCCAGCAGCCGCAGACAAAGGUUCUGGCAGGGGGCGACGAGAACGAGCACGAGAUGAACGGCAACGCGUCGAACGAGUAA